UACGACUGCGCAGGUAAUUCGCCUAUAAAAGCCGGUCUCUGAGCGUCUUACCGCCACAAUCUCUUCCUGUUUUCGUCGCAGCUGUUGUUGCUUGUUGCUGGAACCGCAGUGGCUGCGAAGAUGGCGUCUACCAGCCGUUUGGAUGCUCUUCCAAGAGUUACGUGUCCAAACCAUCCAGAUGCGAUUUUAGUGGAGGACUACAGAGCUGGUGAUAUGAUCUGUCCUGAAUGUGGCUUGGUUGUAGGUGACCGGGUUAUCGAUGUGGGAUCUGAAUGGAGAACUUUCAGCAAUGACAAAGCAACAAAAGAUCCAUCUCGAGUUGGCGAUUCUCAGAAUCCUCUACUGAGUGAUGGAGAUUUGUCUACCAUGAUUGGCAAGGGUACAGGAGCUGCAAGUUUUGACGAAUUUGGCAAUUCUAAGUACCAAAAUCGAAGAACAAUGAGUAGUUCUGAUCGGGCAAUGAUGAAUGCAUUCAAAGAAAUUACUACCAUGGCAGACAGAAUCAACCUACCUCGAAAUAUAGUUGAUCGAACAAAUAAUUUAUUCAAGCAAGUGUAUGAACAGAAGAGCCUAAAGGGAAGAGCUAAUGAUGCCAUAGCUUCUGCUUGUCUCUAUAUUGCCUGUAGACAAGAAGGAGUUCCUAGGACAUUUAAAGAAAUAUGUGCCGUAUCACGAAUUUCUAAGAAAGAAAUUGGUCGAUGUUUUAAACUUAUUUUGAAAGCUUUAGAAACCAGCGUGGAUUUGAUUACAACUGGAGACUUCAUGUCCAGGUUCUGUUCCAACCUUUGUCUUCCUAAACAAGUGCAGAUGGCGGCUACACAUAUCGCCCGUAAAGCUGUGGAACUGGACUUGGUUCCUGGGCGGAGCCCCAUUUCUGUGGCAGCAGCAGCAAUUUACAUGGCCUCACAAGCAUCGGCUGAGAAGAAGACCCAAAAAGAAAUUGGAGAUAUUGCUGGUGUUGCUGAUGUUACAAUCAGACAGUCCUACAGGCUCAUCUAUCCUCGAGCCCCAGACCUGUUCCCCACAGACUUCAAAUUUGACACCCCAGUGGACAAACUGCCGCAGCUAUAGAUUAAGGUGGUUAAUGUCAAACUCCUACGAACGUGGAACUUCGCCUGUUGUACAUAGCCUAUACAAAGUGCUGGUUUGAGCCUUUAAUGAGAAAAAAACAAAGACGUGGUACGCAUUCCAGGGCUAAAUAUUAUUGCUUGGCAUUCUGUUUGUAUAUAUUAGUGAAACAUAUUUAAUGAUUUAAAUUUCUUAUUGAAUUUGCUUUCUUUUGUAGCAAUCUAGGAAACUGUAUUUUGGAAGAUACCUGAAAUUAUGUAAUUCUUGAAUAAAACAUUUUCAAAACUAAA